CGGACGCUUACUGCAUCAGUGGACACUUUCUUUUGAGCUUCCUUGACUGUAACCUGUUGAACAGGCAUGAUGGUGAACUGCUGUGGUCUGCUCAAUGCCAAUAAGGAACCAGUUCCUCUGAAGAGCGUAGAAGUGGAGCUGGAGGUGAGGGACCAUGUGACUACAGUGAUCUCCACUCUGAACUAUGAGAACAAGGAGGACAAACCACUAGAGGCUGUUUUUGUCUUCCCUCUGCCUGGAGAUGCUGCUGUCUGUCAUUUCAGUGCUAAGAUUGGACAGACACAGAUUGUAGCUGAGGUGAAGGAGAAACAGGAGGCUCGUGAGGAGUAUGACGAUGCUUUGAGCUCCGGUCAGCAGGCCUUCCUGUUGGAGGAGAGUGAGCAGAGUCCAGAUAUCUUCUCUCUGAGUGUGGGCAGUCUGCCUCCAGGAGAGAGCGCCUCCAUCAGGCUGGAGUACGUCACUGAGCUGGCUGUGCAGGCUGAUGAAGGGCUGAGGUUUUGUCUGCCUGCUGUGCUCAACCCUCGCUACCAACCUCAGGGGAGUGGAGGUAGUGCAGGGGUCAACGUUCAGGUGACCUCUGUUCCAGCCUCUCUGGUGCCCUACAGUCUGUCCUUCUCCGCCCGAGUGUCCUCUCCUCGUCCCGUCUCUAAAGUAGAGUCCAACUGUCCCCUGGACCCUCUCCAGUACCUCAACACAGAGAAAACCCAGGCCACGGUCAAGUUGGCUGCAGGCCACAAGUUUGACAGAGAUGUCGAACUGCUGAUUUACUACAAAGAUGCCCACCAGCCCACUGCUGUGGUGGAGGCAGGACAGGCCUCUUCAAAGCCUGGCACUCUGAUGGGUGAUCCAGUAGUGAUGCUGAGCCUGUACCCAGAGUUCCCCCAGGCUGUGAUGUCUUCAGUCGCCUCAUGUGGAGAGUUUGUCUUCUUAUUGGAUCGAUCUGGCAGUAUGUCGGGUGCACGUUUGAAGAGUGCCAAGGUACAAAUUAUGUUUUAUUUCUUUCGUAAAAUCAUUCAUAGUGUCUCUCUCACACAGUGGCCUUCACCAUCUUCUCUCUCCUCCCUUAAGGAUACUCUGCUGCUCCUGUUGAAGAGCUUACCAGUGGGCUGCUAUUUCAACAUCUACAGUUUUGGGUCCAGCUUCCAACACAUCUUCCCUAAGAGUGUAGAGUACAACCAGAAGACCAUGGAAGAGGCGCUGAAAAAUGUUGAGGAGAUGCAAGCUAAUCUGGGAGGAACAGAGAUCCUGCAGCCUCUCAAACAUAUUUACAGCCAGCCCUGCAUUCCCAAUCAACCUAGACAACUAUUUGUCUUUACUGACGGAGAGGUGGGGAACACCAAAGAAGUUAUAAAUCUGGUGAAGCAGAAUUCAGGUUCCCACAGGUGUUUCUCUUUUGGAAUUGGGGAAGGGGCCAGUUCUGCUCUUAUCAACGGGUUGGCCAAGGAAGGAGGAGGUCACGCUCAGUUCAUCACAGGGACUGACAGGAUGCAACCCAAAGUGAUGCAGUCGCUGCGAUUUGCUCUGCAACCAGCUGUGGUGGACAUCUCAGUCAAGUGGGAUUUGCCAAAGGGAGUUUCUGUCACUGCUCUCUCUCCACCACUCACAGCACUUUUCCAGGGUCAAAGGUCACUGGUUUAUGCCCAGCUCACUGGACAGAGUUCAGAAGCAUCACAGGGCUGUGUGACGGUGAAGUACAGUCUGGCAGGUCAUCCCUCUCAGAACCAGCUUCAGUUCAGUCUCAAACCUGCAGAGGACACUGGAUUAACAGUCCACAGGUUGGCUGCUCGGACUCUGAUUCGCUCCCUGGAGAUGGAGGAGAGAGAGCGUGAUGGACGGGAAGAUGGAGGAGUGAAGAAGAAGAAGGUGGUGGAGCUCAGUGUCCAAUCAGGAGUGAGCAGUGCCUUCACUUCCUUCAUUGCUGUCAACAAAGGCGACGGUGAAGCGAUUCAAGGACCUCUGGUUCGCAGAAAUGUUCCAACACCCAUGAUGAUGGCCAUGGGUAUGAGGCAGAUGUCCUGUGGUGCUCCACAGAUGACGAUGAUGAUGGCCAUGGAUAUGGGGCGCUGUGUUCCGAUGUCCUGUGGUGCUCCACGGAUGACGAAACGCUGCUCGCCCAAACAGCCAGCCAGAGACCCUUUGCUGCAGCUGGUCUCCCUCCAGAAGGCGUCUGGCUGCUGGGUGCUGGAUCCAGCUCUGGCUGCUGCACUGGGAAAGACCAGCGAGGAGGUGGAAAAGCCCAAGCCUGCAUCGGUGAACCAGGAAGUGUGGGCCACCAUCCUGGCUCUGAUCUGGCUUCAUGGUUUCAAGAUGGACGCUCAGGAAGAGUGGGAGCUUCUGGCUAUGAAGGCUGUGUCAUGGCUCCGAGCUCAGAAAGCAUCCUGUGUGACAGAGUGUGUGGAAGCAGUGAAUUCUCUGUUGGGUUGCAACGUGCAGAGAGACACCUUGGGGAUCUGAGGUUUUCAUUAAAGUGGCUUCUCCUUCAGGAUUGGUACAAAUUUACUCCAUCCUGCCAUCUUUACCUUAUAAACACGGCACUUUUACA